UUCCGGGUUUCAGCAGUCUGGUCCAGAUUCAGCUGCUGAGCCGCGUUCAACACACACUCAUUGUACACAAACGGGGAAAGGCAGCUCGCAGCAUCGAUCGUGGCUCCUUUAAGAAAAACUAAGCCAGAAUUAUCAGCCCACCUCCUCUUGAUCUCAUUUAGAAGCUAUUGCAUAAAAAAUCAACUCAGGAGCCGAGACUGAUCAAAGAAACGAGAGAGAGCUUCAUUUUUGUGCGUUCGAGUAGUAUUCUCGUUAGGGGUGCUAACCAGUGGAAGCGCGCAGAGGAUCAUCAUUCAUUCAGCACUUUGACAAGCUCGCGUUUGAUUGAUUGACAGCCGGAGUGGCAAAAAGCCAUGAGAUGCGCUAGUUUUGUUUGAGGGGCUAUUUUCAUACUGCUUUGGAAAAGAAGAUUUUGCUCGAUCCUUGUCGCUGUCCACGGGAAAGAAAGCGAAGGGGACCUAUUCGCUGAACGCGUCUGGCUGAACUUGUGGUGAAGGACUGGCUUCAUCGCUCGCUUGAAAGAGGCAGUUGGAUUUUUUGGGAAAACAUAUCCCACGUUUGGAAUUUGCGUGCUUAUUUCCUAUUCACCCUGGCCUCAUAGGGGAUAUAUUUUUGAUUAAAGGAAGCCGAGGGAGUGUGGAGGGCGAUGGCGCAGAGGUACGAAGAUAUAACCCACUAUGGGAUGGACGGAGUAGGAAUCCCGAGCACGAUGUACGGGGACCCGCACGCCGCCAGAUCCAUGCAGGCUGUUCACCUGAACCAUGGGCCCCAGCUCCACUCCCACCAGUACCCGCACACAGCCCACACCAACGCCAUGCCGCCAGGCAUGGGCUCAUCCGUCAAUGACGCUCUAAAAAGAGAUAAAGACUCCAUCUACGGGCACCCGCUGUUCCCACUUCUAGCACUGAUUUUUGAGAAAUGUGAAUUAGCCACUUGCACACCUCGAGAGCCCGGUGUGGCUGGGGGCGAUGUGUGUUCAUCAGAGUCUUUCAAUGAGGAUAUAGCAGUAUUUGCAAAACAGAUUCGAGCAGAAAAGCCGCUAUUUUCAUCAAAUCCCGAGCUGGAUAAUUUGAUGAUACAAGCCAUUCAAGUUUUACGGUUUCAUCUUUUGGAGCUCGAAAAGGUACAUGAACUUUGUGACAAUUUCUGUCAUCGGUACAUCAGCUGUUUGAAGGGAAAGAUGCCCAUCGACUUGGUUAUAGACGACAGAGAAGGAGGAUCAAAAUCAGACAGUGAAGAAAUUACAAGAUCAUCGGGGGCCCUUGAUCAGACUUCAUGGAACAGAGACCAUGACGAUACAGCUUCUACACGCUCCGGAGGAACACCAGGACCAUCCAGCGGAGGACACACAUCGCACAGCGGUGACAACAGCAGCGAACAAGGUGACGGAUUGGACAACAGUGUGGCGUCACCCAGCACAGGAGACGAUGACGACCCGGACAAGGAGAAGAAGAGGAAUAAAAAACGUGGUAUCUUCCCUAAAGUGGCGACCAACAUCAUGAGGGCAUGGCUCUUCCAGCACUUGACGCACCCCUACCCUUCAGAAGAACAGAAAAAGCAACUGGCACAAGACACCGGGCUCACUAUACUACAAGUGAACAACUGGUUCAUUAACGCAAGAAGAAGAAUAGUGCAGCCCAUGAUCGACCAGUCCAACCGUGCAGUAAGUCAAGGAGCUCCCUACAACCCAGAUGGUCAACCCAUGGGAGGCUUCGUGAUGGACGGCCAGCAGCACAUGGGAAUCAGACCACCUGGACUACAAGGCAUGCCAGGGGAUUACCUGUCACACAGUGGCCCGGUGGGUAUGGCUAUGGGGCAACCAGGCUACGGCGCCUCCCAGAUGCCCCACCACCCUGCUCAGUUGCGGCACGGCCCUCCCAUGCGUUCCUACAUCCCUGGACACCCCCACCACCCAGCGAUGUUAAUGCAUGGAGGACCACCUCACCCUGCCAUGCCCAUGUCAGCCUCUAGCCCCCCUAUGUUCAAUCCAGGAGACCCUACCAUGGGAGGACAAUUCAUGGACAUCCAUGCCCAGUAAUUUACUAAAACGGAUUCUUUAAAUGACUGCUACAGAUAGACGAGGAGCUGCGAUUGGUUUUUCUGGGGCUUGCCAAGCACAGAUUACAUACUGACUUGUUAUCGAGACUGAGGAGCUUGCAUCUUGGCUAUAGAUUCGGACCAAGAAAAAAAAGCCUGAUAUCUGUAUACUAUGGGACACUUUAAAAGGAGGUGCCCUUUGCUUAGACACAAAAAGAGAGUGAGAGAAAGAAAGAUUGAAUUUAUUACUAUAUCAGCCUCUAAAGGGGAGGGAUAAGGACAUACUGUAUACUGUUGUAAAAUUGCAUCGGACUUUCAUAAGAACUGGGAAAAAAGUAUUGUAAAUGCUAUCGUAUUGUUCUGCAUAUUAUGUUGUUUCUAAUAGAUUUUUUUAAAAAAGGAUGUGAACUUUUUUUUCUUUCCACACUAUGUGUGUGCCAUUUCCAUAGACUUUUGGCCUCCUCCAUAAAUCACUUUGCGUUUAAACAAGAAAAAAAAUAUAUAUGUGAAUAAAUCAAUAAUUCAUUGAAUACAUGUUUGCCAGGCCAUUUUUUGUCCUGCGGGAGGGUGGAUUUCCCAUGACCCAUCAUGGCCUUAGAAGGAAACUGAGUGCUAUCCACCUGUCUGAGCCACAUCCUCCUGCCUUUCAGGAGGCCUCCAUUUUGCAUUCCCAAUUUGUACAUGAUAAUGGAACUGCCCCCAAACCAAAUUAUUUCCACUUACCUUUACUGGACGUGUGAGAAGCUGAAUGUGAAGAACAUUUGUGUGUGUGUGUGUGUGUGUGUGUGUGUGUGUGUUUGUGUUUGUGUGUAAAGCCAACCCAUCAAACUUUCAGCUAAGUUAUAAAUGGGAUUUGGGAUUCAAAUAUGCUUUUGAUUAAGCAAACCUGUUUUGGGGAUAUUGGUUUAACGUCUUGCUAUCACUUGUUUGAAUUUUGAAGAGUUUAUGUAUACAUUGUAAAUGAAUAAAUUUUGUGUAAAAAGAGGGGGAACUAUUUUUCAUAUA